GGUCUGCAGAAGACCCUUUUGACACUUGACCUCAUCUCUGCCUUCGUCCUCCGGGUCUCACUCGCCUACUCAGCGUUCCGGAACCAGAGAGAACCGGACGGCGCCGGGUUCCAGUGAGGGCCCCGGGAACCCUGAGGUCCAGCUAGCUCCAGGCUCGAGCUUUCCGGGCCCAGCAGCCAUGGCGGUGGAAGGAGGAAUGAGGUGUGUCAAGUUCCUGCUCUACGUUCUCCUGCUGGCCUUUUUCGCCUGUGCCGUGGGAUUGACUGCCAUUGGUGUAGCAGUUCAGGUUGUCUUGAAUGAGACCAUCACCCGUGAGACUACGCCUGGCUCCCUGUUGCCUGUGGUCAUCAUCGCAGUGGGCGCCUUCCUCUUCCUGGUAGCCUUUGUGGGCUGCUGCGGGGCCUGCAGGGAGAACUACUGUCUUAUGAUUACAUUUGCCAUCUUCCUGUCUCUUAUCAUGCUUGUGGAGGUGGCGGUAGCCAUUGCUGGCUAUGUGUUUAGAGACAAGGUGAAGUCAGAGUUUAGUAAGAACUUCCGUCAUCAGAUGCAAAAUUACCUUAAAGACAACAAAACAGCCUUGGUUCUGGACGGCUGGCAGAAAGAAUUUAAGUGCUGUGGGGCUAACAACUACACAGACUGGGAAAACAUCACUGGUAUGCCCAAGGACCGGGUCCCUGACUCUUGCUGCCUCAACUUCACCGUGGGCUGUGGAGCUGACUUCAACACAACCACGAUCCACACUGAGGGCUGUGUGGAGACCAUAGGGGUCUGGCUGAGGAAGAAUAUAUUGCUGGUGGCUGCAGCAGCCCUGGGCAUUGCUUUUGUGGAGGUCCUGGGAAUUAUCUUCUCUUGCUGUCUGGUGAAAAGUAUUCGGAGUGGCUAUGAAGUAAUGUAGGGGGGUCUGGUCUCUUUCAUCUUUUCAUCUAAGGAAGUGGAUUCUCCAGAUUUUUCAAUUAAACGGAUUAUUUUUUCAGACCUAAAAA